AGCUGUGCUUGGGGAGUCGCCACACGGUGCUAAGGGAGUUGGAGAGUCCACUACUUCAGCGGUAGUGUUAUCUCUUGUUGGCAUAUUCAAAAUCAAAGAAGAAACAAUUAACAAUUGUCAUACAUCAGUCAUCGCCGAGAUAGAUGUCGGCCAAUCUCCCAAUUCCUCCCAACACAACCUCAAUUCCCGCCAGGGAUGCCACCUGUGAGAACCUCUUCGCCGCCGUAGACAUCGGCACUAACUCCUUCAAGCUCCUCAUAGUUCGCGCCGAUCCUUCCACCGGCCGUUUCCUCACCGUCGACCGGUUCAAGGAAAGAGUCCUCCUCGGCCUUGAUACUACCACUACCACUACCUCCGCCACCAUCUCCAGCGCCUCUCUGCUACGCGCCACCACAUCACUUCGAAAGUUCCAGAAGCUUCUCCAGUCCCAUCGCGUUCCUUCCUCCCAUUCUCGCCUCGUUGCUACUUCUGCUGUUCGAGAAGCUUCCAAUCAAUCACAAUUCCUUCAAACGAUUGAUGAAACCCUAGGCCUGAAAGUUGACGUGCUCUCCGGUCUCGAAGAGGCCCGCCUUAUAUACCAAGGUAUACUUCAAUUUCAUCCUGUUCAUGAGCGUACAGUUCUUACAAUUGACAUUGGAGGUGGCUCUACAGAGUUCGUAAUUGGCAAAGAGGGGCAGAUUUUGUUCUCCAUUUCACUAGCAUUGGGACAUGUCACUUUAACUCAAAAAUUUCCAGAAGUUACAGAAAUGCGGGAACAUAUUAAGGUUAUAAUCCAUGCCUCGGGCUUAAAUGAGAAGGUUAAGCAUUAUGCUAUUGAAAAAGUGAUUGGUUCAUCAGGAACAAUUAGGAAUAUUGAGAAGGCGAUUUUCCGUGGCUAUGCAAGUAAUAUGGAGGGAAAUGUGGGUAUAUCUGAGGAAAGUAGGAGGGAUUGGAGUUUUACAACGGAGGAAUUGAAGUGCUUAGUGGAGAGGUUGAGUGAGGAAGAGAGAAGAGUUGAAGGGAAGGUUCGAACACAGGGCUUUUUCAAGAAGAGGUCAGAAUUUAUUGUGGCAGGGGCAGUUUUAUUGGAGGAAAUAUUUGAAGAGCUUAAGAUUGAGGAGAUGGAGGUUUCUAGGUAUGCAUUAGGAGAGGGUGUGAUUGCAGAGAAGUUAGGAGAGAUUUUUGAUAAUUAUGAUCUGAGGGCGAAUGCGAGGUGGAGAUCUGUAGCGAGGCUCGCGACAAGGUUUAAUAACAAGCAGCGCAUGAAAUCUGCUGCAUUAUGCUUUAGUGCUGCGAAGGAGAUGUUUGAUGGGUUGAGAAAAAGGUAUGAAUCGGGCAAUUGUUCUGAUGGAUUCUUUGUCUCCUUGGAGGAUAAAGAUCUUGAGUAUCUUGAGGCAGCUUGUUUGCUUCAAAAAAUUGGUCUUUAUGUUGGUAAAAAGGGCUAUCAUAAGCAAUCUUACCAUAUAAUAAUGAAUGGCGGCCAUCUGCAUGGUUAUAAUGACGAAGAGGUUAAGUUAAUAGCUCUACUUGUGCGGUACCAUAGAAAGAAACUUCCUGAAUGUGAUCAUGUGGUGCCUGAGGAAUUAACAGAAGAGAUGAGAGGGAAAUUCGGAAUUCUUUGUGCAAUUCUUCGUAUAUCUGCUGCACUGGAGAAACUUCAGCUGGUCAACAUUGACAAUGUGGGAUUCUCACAUACCUAUGACGGAUAUAAAUUGGUACUUGAAGCAGGAAAUCUGCCCUCCCCUGGUAAUUUGCUGCCAUCGGUGGAAGACUUUGAGGAAGAGCUUGGUAAAGAGUUGGAACACUUCAGAAUGGUGUUCCAGGAAAGAUUGUCAAUUGCUGUCACUUCAAGCACUUCAUCAUAAUCUGGAAGAGCUGCGAGGAAUUGUGAGAUGCCUAUUCUGGGUUUGCUUGUAAAAUGAUGGUAAAAUCUUGUAUUCUGUAAAAGCAACGCUUUAAUGCAUGUCAUACACAAACACUUCAACUGUUACAAGUAAACAGUAAGCAGCAUCGUCUUGUCUCACAAGAAGCUAAUUCCAGUGUAUUCUGUAAAACCCAUACUGUAAUGCAUGUUAGUUAUACACACACACAUACACGCACUUCAACUGUUACAAGUUACAUUAAGCAGCAUCGUCCUGUCACACAAGAA